CAGGAAACCCAGUAGGUGGUAGUCAACCUAAGAGGUGACAUUUUCCACUACAACCUGAUUAGUGACACACAGUGCGCGUGCUUUGAAUGCAUUAUAAUAACCUGAAGACUGCUACAAUUCAGCGCGGGACAGGCCUGAAGAAAUAAACAAGAUCCUAAAUCGACCACAAACGAGUUAUCGGUCCCAAAACCCUUUUCAAACCCCCUUUGAAGCGACGGUUGAGACUGUGGGAGUCAGUUUGAGUGAUGGACUUCCUUGCUGGCUGCAUAGGAGGUGCCGCUGGAGUCCUGGUUGGACAUCCGUUUGACACGGUUAAGGUCAGACUUCAGGUGCAAAGUGUUGAUAAACCUCUUUACAGAGGAACAUUUCACUGCUUCCAAUCCAUCAUACGUCAAGAGUCAAUGCUUGGCCUUUAUAAAGGCAUUGGGUCACCUAUGAUGGGCUUGACGUUUAUCAACGCCAUCGUCUUUGGUGUGCAGGGCAACACCAUGCGCAGGUUGGGCGAGGACACGCCCAUGAAUCAGUUCCUGGCUGGGGCGGCGGCCGGCACCAUACAGUGCGUCAUCUGCUGCCCCAUGGAGCUGGCUAAGACCCGCAUGCAGAUGCAAGGUACGGGCGAGAAGAAGUCGUCCACUCGGAAGAUGUACAAAAACUCGCUGGACUGUCUGGCUCGCAUCUACCAGCGCGAGGGUCUACGGGGGGUCAACCGCGGCAUGGUUACGACCCUGAUCCGAGAGACACCAGGCUUUGGCGUUUACUUUCUCGCAUACGAUCUACUGACGCGCUCGCUGGGUUGCGAGCCGGAGGACCCUUACAUGAUUCCCAAACUGCUGUUUGCCGGCGGCAUGUCGGGAAUUGCGUCGUGGCUCUCCACGUACCCCGUGGACGUGAUCAAGUCGCGACUGCAGGCCGACGGCGUGGGCGGGAAGUUCCAGUACAGCGGCAUCAUGGACUGCACGCGGAAGAGCAUUGAGCGUGAAGGUUGGCGAGUUUUCACGCGUGGACUUACUUCCACUCUCCUCCGCGCCUUUCCGGUCAACGCGGCCACGUUUGCAACCGUUACCCUGUUUCUCUUGUACGUACGCCCCGACGAGGGUCCUAAAGACUGCGAAACUGCUCCCGCUGCACCUGCACCUGCGCAUCAUUCUGCAUUGCAGCAACAAGCGCAACCAUCCAGUCUGUGAGUAGCUUCCUUUGACUACCACUUUUGUGGGAAAACGGUUGGACGGAACUAGUUCGCAGCACUUCCCAAUAUGGCUGACCUGUUGCAGCGCAGUGCGCCAUCUGCCCACCCAACGGAGUUGCACAAUCUUUCUGUCUGUUAACAUGUAAGAUAACUUGAGCUCUGUGAAUUGCAUAUGUAAAUAUAUUUUUAUAUUCUAUAAUAUUUAACAAACAAGCAAACAUGUUCCCUUUUUCUGCCUUACAAGAACAGUUAAACGUAUGAAUCUGACCACUGAAGGUAAGACAUUGACUGUUGAUAUAAUCGACAGCUCUUGCGUCUAAGGCUCCUUUUGUUUUUACUUGGCAGAACAAGAAAAACUUUCCUUUUGGCUUUCACAUUGCAAACAACUGCAACACUACUUUUUAUAUUGCUAAAUGCAAAUCAGUGUCUCAACAAAACAUACCCUCUUUCUUGCUAGGCAUUAAACCUUAGUUAGGGUUAACAGCUUGCUUAAUUUGACAUGAAAAAAACAAGACUGUGAAAUCUGAUGGAAAAUCCAGCUUAAGCUGUGUUUCGAACAUAAUAGAUGGUUUGUAGCUGGUCAAAUCUAGUCAUUGGCUGGUUGACUACCAUAAACUGGUCUGACCAGCUAGAAACUAAGUACAGUGUUCCAAAACACAGAUACCAGCUUAAGAUGGAUUUUCCAACAGGCUUUUACUUUUUUUGGUCCAUUUAGAAUUUUUUUGGAAUGAUGUAUUUUCAAUGGUUCGUCAACUCCAAGGUACACAACAGUAUGACAAAAUGGACCAAACCUUUGCCCAUUUCAGUCUGGUUUUCUUCAUGUAAAAUCAAUUAUUAAAUUCAAUAUGUCAUCUACCAAGACUAAGGUCAAUAGCAAAAGUUAAAUUUGUUCUAUCAAUCUCACCAGACAGUACAGAACGUAGCCUUUGUUAUUAAAGUGUUUUUAUUAUAUUCUGAGGAGUGCAAAUCUCAUUUUAGUAUGAGCUGCUCUCUGACUGGUGAAAUGGCCAAAAAAGGUUAUCGAUAUCUUCGCCCACGGUUCAGUUUAUCUCAGCAAGUGCAAUGAAUAUAGUAGGUACCAGAUUAUGUUUGCCCUUGUUCCCAUAAAUCUUGAUAUUUUGGACAAUUCUCAAGAUUUCUAUUUUAACCCAUUUAGCUCACCUUAUACUGUUUCCUGUUGUUUCCAAAGGUUUUUGUCAUACACACCAAAUUCUGAUCCCUCGGUCUAAAGUUAGAGUGCUUGCCUCGUCCAUGUGGCUCCUGCCCAGAAUUUUGAAAAUGAAUGCAAUAUUUGCAUGUUUACUGUAACUUGUUAAAAUUGGGUUACAAGUUGUAUCUGACACAGUGGAUAUCCACUGUGACAAUGAUAUCAACACUGCUGUGCUAUCAGAGAUUUAAAAUGACAUACUGUAUUUACGUUAAGUCCUGUCUUUUGGUUGACUGAAGCAUGUGGGUUGUCUGUUAUGAUGUAAGGUCAAUAAAUAUUUUAUGUUUGUGUAUAUAUCAAAGCUUGAAAGUUCUCGGCAUAUAGAAGGAUGUGUCAGUAGGUGAGUUGCAAAUGUUUGAUAUCAGAUGCUAUCAGAGUUCUGAAUGUAAAAGACAAAACAGUACAAAGGAAGCUCAUUACAAAUACAGUUUCUAGCUUAGUGUGAUUACGUAGGCUUUUAGAGACAUCUGCUGCUCUUUUUGUAAAGGUUACGGAUUACGUGUAUGUCGUAUUAACUGUAAAUAUCUAGUAUUUGAUUAAAAAGGGAAGUUUAGACAGCUGCUUUGAGAACAAAGUACAUGUGUGAUAUCAGUGAGAAAUGUAAAUAAACUGCAUUUUACUGAGUUAAAUCGGUUUUAAUAGUACUGAAUUGAAUUUUCAUUUUAAUAGCUUUAGAUUUUGUUGUUUUUCAAGUUUGUCAUUGCUGCUGUUGCUGAAGAGACAGAACAAUAUGGAGACUGGUAAACUGCUGUCCUAUUUUUGUAAGAAAAGGCUUAGUUCAGCAUUGCUCCCAUUCAAAAUUUAGUUGGCCUCAACCAAUUUAUAAAUUGCUUUUGGUCAGCCAAAAUAAAUGGGAUAAAAAAAAUCAAUGACUCUUGUUUUGUCUCUUUUUUUGUCUCAACAUUUAACCUCAUGAAUGUACAAUACAUAACAUUGCAUAAUGUACAAUUUCAGAUAUGGGUAAAAUUAAUUUGUGUACUGUGUUCUUUUUAAUUAGUUGUAUUUUUAAAUGGUAUGGAUGAACUUAUUUUUUAUUUUUUUAUUUUUUUUCUGUGUUCACAGUUAAAGUUGCAACUUUUAUAAAAACAUUUGUAAGUUUAUCGUAUAUGAAAAUGUAACCAAAAAUCCCAGUAUUUUUUUUUAUUCCAGGAUAGGUGAGAUAAGGAAAAUUUGUUUGGAAGGACAGCAAUAUAAAAUCAAUAACGAGACAUUUAUGGUUAAAUGUAUUUAAUUUAUUUUUCAACAUGAAAGUGCAUUUCAAAUUCUAAGCAAAAACAUUAAUUCUUAAAUGAUAUUUUAUCAUGAUUUUUUUUUAUUUUUUUUAUUUAUUUUUUUUUUUU